UAAAGUGCCAAUGAAGUCGUAUAAAGCAACAAAACGCAUCAUGAGCAGUGAGUACCUCCGUGGAUCUAAGAAGGCUCUAGCUGGGACAAAGUUGACUAGCUUGGGAAAAAGCGAUACCCUGAGCAGGACCAAGAUCUUGUCCAUGCGCUCGAUUACUCCUGAAGGCUUGGCUACUAAAAACGGAAGGAAGCAUCAAUGAUCUUUUAGUUAUGUAUCUAAAAAUAAAACUCCUGGUGCUAUGAAAAGUACAAAAUAUCCGUUAAAAUCAUCCUUCAAACCAAGUAAAUCGAGCAAAUCUCGAGAAGAUCUCCGUAAUAAGAAGUCGGGAAGUAUUGGUACCAAGCUUGCAGUAAAAUCAGCGAAGAUCCUCUCACAAGCAAAGAACAGAAGUAACACUUUGUACAGCCUCCAAUGUAGCAAGAGUAAAUUAGAGAUAAGCUCAAGUACACCUUCAAAAGAACCAUCUUUACAUGAACGUUGAAGAAUCCUCAAAAGGGAAAACACUUGUCUUGAGAAGAAUCUAGAACAGAUGCAGGGAUACAAGAAAGAAACAGAGCUCCUCACAAAGCUGCUACUGGAGAUCCUCCCAAUCCUGAAAGCCCAGUAUAACCUCGAAGAGUACCAGUCAAAGGACUUUCGGACUGGAGAUAUAGCCUGCAUGAAAUCCCUUCUAUCUCGCCUAAAACACCUCAAAACCUCAAAAUUCUUCAGCACGGCUUCUAGCGACGAAGACCUGAAACUAAAGCUAAAAGUCGAUGCUUAUGAGAAAACGGCUAAAAAUGACCAGAAAGUAAUAGCGAUUCUGAAAAAUAAAGAGAAGGGAUUAGAGCAGAGAAUUAGGGAAUUAGAGAAGGCUAAUAGGGAAGUAGGGGCAUUGAAAAAGAGCAUGGAGAGGAAAGAUGAGAAGUUGAGGGAGGUUAUGAGGUACAACACAGUCCUAAAAGCCAAGCUAGAAUGAUUUUCAGAAGAAAACCUAGAGGCAAACACUGAUUUCCAGCCAUGUAUAAUAUCAGCAUGCAAGUAUGACAAAAUCCUUGACGAAGAAGAUACUAACUGUAAUAAGUCCUUCGAGAGUUCACCUGAAUUCGACAGUGAAUCCUUGAUGUCAACUGACGAAAACUACAUUGGCGAGGUUGUAGAGAAGGCUAAACAAAUAAGCCCCUUAAAGACCUCUUCUAUGUGUAAAAAGACGAGGAAACUAAACAACAAGUCUGCUAUAGGGCCUCGGAACCUUGAGCUCCGGCAGUGCGACCAGUCUUCCACUACUGUAGGAUACGAAAUCAGCUCUUCAUCUCACCUGCAUAGAAUGCUAGGGAGCCCUGGCGAUUCUAUCCCUUCGCAGAAAUCCUCAAUAUAUAAAAGGAAGUACAGGUUCAUGAAGGAAAUCCCUACUUUAAACGAAAGAAAAUAUUAAAACAGUCUUCAACACUUA